GGGGGGAAGGGACUGAGAAGCAACCACUUAAAACAAACACAAAUAAGUAGCAACAAGUAGCACAUGAACGACCCCAACAACAAGCAACAUCCCUUCACCUAUUAUCAGCAGCAUCCUUAAGCAUCGUAACAAAUCACUACAAAACCGGGUCUCGGUAGCUGACACCACCGCGCACCACGUGCAUACUAAUUGAUUCUUUAAUUGGUGGCUGCCCCGCCGUGCUGUGAGAGUGCUUACUGGUGUCGAAACCCUGUCACACAAACGGUCAGUUUGAAUAGUGAAACGCCAAACGAUAAGCCCGAAUCGCGGCCUGAAUCACGCGAUAAACGAACACUCAUAAUCGGCUCAUUUUUUUUUCGGGUACCUCCAAUUAGUGUCAGAGGACAGUGGACUUCCUUUCCCUUGCGCUCUGUGCCGUUCCCUUUACCCUGUUACCUCCUUUCUACGUGCGCGAUAACGCACACCACGAUCGCGCAGGACAUAGGCUCGGUGCGAGGGCACACACCGAGCGCCGCUUAUCAGCUUGCCUGCGUGACGCCAUCUAACACACAAUUGACGCGUACCCAUAGGAGCAGGGGGGGGGGGCGAGAUCACUCGAUCGUGCGAUCUCUGUCGCGCUAUCGCACCCGGCGGCCGUGUGGCAGGCUCUUGAUUUAAAUGCUUCCUUCUUGCUGCCGACCGGACACAUUACCGGCUGAACGAUCGUUUGGGACGGUCUGUGCAGUGUUUGUGCGUGUUUGGUGGCUGUGGUGAUCGUGUGUUUAGUGCAUUCUACCGAGACGACUAGUGCAGUGAAAGACGCUUAAAACACGCCCAGUUUAGUACGAAAAGCCGGAAAAAGCUCACCAUGUACGGACGUCAGGAAUCGCAAGGGCCCACCCUGAAGGAAGGUGGCUCCUACAUUAUGGAAGGACACGAUGCGGCCGAAGCGAAGAACGUCUGCCUGAUCUUCUCGCCCGAGCAGGAGGAGGCGGGCGCACUGGCCAAGAUGCUGCGCAUCUUCGACGACCACCGGGUGAACCUGCUGCACAUUGAGUCGCGUUCGUCGACCCGCGGCCCGGGCUACGAGUUUAUGGUCGAGUGUGACGGCAAGCGCGGCACGCUCGGGCCGGCUAUCGAGGCGAUCCGCGAGAAGAGCAACUACUUUAACAUCAUCUCGCGCGACUACAAAGAUAACGAAGCCACUGUUCCGUGGUUCCCGCGGCGCAUCCGCGAUCUGGACCGGUUCGCCAACCAGAUCCUGUCGUACGGGGCCGAGCUGGACUCGGACCAUCCCGGCUUUACCGACCAGACGUAUCGCGAGCGGCGCAAGUACUUUGCCGACAUUGCGUUCAACUACAAGCACGGCCAACCGUUGCCGCACGUCGACUACACGCCGGAGGAGGUGAACACGUGGCGGGAGGUGUUCCGCAACCUCACCAAGCUGUACCGGACGCACGCGUGCCGCGAGCACAACCACGUGUUUCCGCUGCUGAUCGAGAACUGUGGCUACCGGGAGGACAACAUACCGCAGCUGGAGGAUGUGUCCAACUUCCUGAAGGACUGUACCGGGUUUACGUUGCGCCCGGUCGCGGGGCUGCUUUCGUCGCGCGAUUUUCUCGCCGGCCUAGCGUUCCGCGUGUUCCACUCGACGCAGUACAUCCGGCACCCGAGCAAGCCGCUGUACACGCCGGAACCGGACGUGUGCCACGAGCUGCUCGGUCAUGCGCCGCUCUUUGCCGAUCCGUCCUUCGCGCAGUUCUCGCAGGAGAUCGGGCUGGCGUCGCUCGGUGCACCGGAUGAGUUUGUGGAGAAGCUAGCGACGUGCUUCUGGUUCACGGUCGAGUACGGUAUGUGCCGCCAGAACGGCGAGCUGAAGGCGUACGGGGCCGGGCUGCUGUCCUCGUUCGGCGAGCUGCAGUACUGCCUGACCGACAAGCCCGAGCUGCGCGAGUUCGAUCCGGCCAAGACGUGCGAGCAGAAGUACCCGAUCACCGAGUACCAGCCGGUGUACUUCGUGUCGGAAAGCUUCGAGGACGCGAUCCAGAAGAUGAUCAACUACGCGAACACGAUCCCGCGCCCGUUCGGCGUCCGGUACGAUCCGUACACGCAGAGCAUCGAGAUACUGGACUCGGUGCCGCAGAUCUCCAACCUGAUGCGCAACAUCCACAACGAGUUCGAGGUGCUGCAGAACGCGUUCAAGAAGCUGUAGUGUGGCCAGCGCUAAACCACCGAUCGCCACGCGCAGGUUCAGUGCAGGGAGUCAAUACAGUACAAUCGUUGGUACGAUUGCCUUUUUUGUUUGUUUUAAAACGAUAAGUUCGUUUAAAGAGUCGAAUUGAAAGCGAUGAUGGUGUUUUUUUUUUAUAAUGUUAUCCUUAAUACUGGCCAAGAAUUUUGAUUUUAAUUAGUAAGUUAAGAGUGAAUAAUAAAUCACACUUUGUUCGUUAAGCACAUAAA